AUGAGGGGUUUGCUUUAUACAUCAAAAGCUUCGUCACCUUCAUAUUCUUAUGCUCAAUCUCCGGCGAGGUCGUCGAAAGCUUCGUCACCUACACAUUCAUUUGCUCAAUCUCCGGCUAGGACUCCAAGGUCUCCCAUGAGCACUCCUUCUCAUCAUCAAACCUUUUCUGCUUCGAUCAUUGAAGAAGAUUUGUUGUAUGCCGAACAAAUCAUCCGGAGGUGGGACCUUGAUUCUCCGUUUUAUACAAAAAUGGAUUAUCUGUUCACCGGAGACAGACGUGAAGCUCGAUUGUUUGUGAAGUCUGUUACGAAUUUGCAGUCGGCGAUGCAUUCCUUUGUUUCGGAGAGUGCUAGCUCGGAGAAGAUCAUUCAUGCUCAGAAGUUAAUGCAGAUUGCGAUGAAGAGAUUGGAGAAGGAAUUUUAUCAGAUUUUAUCCGCGAAUAGAGAUGUUCUUGACUCCGAGUCUGUUUCUAAUCAUUCCUCAAGAGCUAGAUCAAGUGUUUCAGAUGAAGACGAUGCUUCCGAAGAAGAUGAUCGGAUUUCAUCGUCUGGAAACACAGUGUCCGACGGAGAAAGAGUUUCCGUUUCAGAAAUAGUUAUGGCUGAUCUUAAAUCGGUUGCUGAUUGCAUGAUCUCUUCUGGGUAUGCAAAAGAAUGUGUGAAGAUAUACAAAAUUAUCAGGAAAUCCAUUGUUGAUGAGACACUGUAUAAUCUCGGAGUUGAGAAAUACAGUUUAAAUCAAGUUAACAAAAUGGAAUGGGAAGUAAUCGAACCCAAAAUCAAAACCUGGGUACACGCUGAAAAAGUUGCUGUGAAAUCUCUCUUCUAUGGCGAAAGAAUUCUCUGCGACUACGUGUUUUCGUCGUCGGAGAAGAUCAGAGAAUCGUGCUUUUCCGAUAUCUGCAAGGAAAAAGCAAUUCAGCUGUUUGAAUUCCCGGAGUUUGUAGCGAAAUCGAAGAAAUCAAUGGAGAGAAUGUUCCGAACAUUGGAUCUAUACAACGGGAUAUCGGAACAGUGGCCGGACAUCGAAAUGAUCUUCUCGUUCGAUUCAAUGGUGGUCGUUCGGACACAGGCCAUCACUUCACUCGUGAAACUCGGCGACGCCGUCCGAGCAAUGUUAACGGAUUUUGAGGCGGCGAUUCAGAAAGAAACAUCCAAAACUCCGGUCCACGGCGGCGGCAUUCAUCCUCUAACACGUUACGUAAUGAACUACUUAGUUUUCUUAAGCGACUACGCCAUAGCACUCUCUGACAUUGUUGCCGACUGGCCACUUCAGAUCCAGUCGCCAUUGCCGGAAUCGUACUUCUCAAGCACCGGUUCGGAAGAAUCGUCGUCCAUCUCCGCCCGCUUCGCAUGGCUGGUGCUGGUUUUGCUCUGUAAAAUCGACGCCAGCGCUGAGCUCUACCGGGAUGUAGCUCAGUCGUACCUUUUUCUAGUCAACAACUUAAACUACAUCAUUUCAAAGGUUCAUAGCUCUAAUCUAAAACUCCUGAUCGGAGAAGAUUGGUUAGUGAAACACGAACAGAAACUGAAACAAUACGCUGCAAAUUACGAACGAAUGGCAUGGAGUAAAGUUAUGACAUCGUUGCCGGAGAAUCCAAACAAUUUACCGAUUGAAGCAGCGAGGGAGUGUUUCAGACGUUUCAAUCUUGAAUUCAACAACGCAUGCCGGAAACAAGCCACCUGGGUCAUCCCCGAUUCGAAAAUGCGAGACGAAAUUAAAAUCUCGGUGGCGAAAAAGAUAUCGCCGGUUUACCGGAAUUUUUACGAUAGAUACAGAGAUGUUUUCAGAGGUGUUGAUUCAGUUGUCAGAUAUGCACCAGACGAUUUGGGUAAUCACUUGUCGGACUUGUUCCAUAGUACCGGUGGUCCCGGAAGCUCCGGCACCGGUACGCCGUCGCAUUCAUCUUCGUCUUCUAGCCCUUUGUCGCGACGCCGGUGA